AGAUGGCUCGCCGCGCACAAGCUGCUCGACACAAUGCUCCAUAGAAAUAGAGAUGGGAUGAAGAUGACCAUGUAGUCAAUGACAGGCGGGGCCCGCAGCUCAUCUGCCACCUCAGCUAGUCAAAGUUUUUUUGUGUGCUUGGUAUUUGCCACGUCAUGUGAGCUACCAGCUUAUAGAAUUCGAAUUGGGGAGGAAUUCGCCAUGGAAGACGGAUACAAGCUCACACGCACACGGUACUGGCCGAAGCCACCAGUUCCUUCCCAGAUCCACACGCAACACACACCAACGGUAAUGUACUAGCUUACACCCUUAACGGGCCCAGUUCGGGCCUGCAAGCCACUAGGGAAGUUGCCGGUCGCGAGUGGGCCGAGUAGCCGGCCCACGAGUACCAUGAUCGCUGACAUUCCCCCCUUCUUCAGAACCGGCUUGUCCCCAAGCCGGGGCACGAGGAAACAACUGACGAAGUGAAUCCUUAUCCUCCCAGGUUGCCGAAGAAGCAUCCCCUCCACUCCACUGAACUAGGACUUGUGCCAACGAUCGGUUGUCGGCGCGGCGAAGGCGCUCCUGCAGUAUCUUAACAGGGAACUGAAGAUGAGCAUCAACAGAAGGAAGCGACUUGAGUACCUCAUGUUGUGGAUGCACACAGCGCUUCAACUGUGAAACAUGGAAUACAGGAUGAAUACGACUAGCUGCUGGCAACUGUAAGCGAUAAGCCACUUCGCCAAUCUUCUCCAGAAUCAGAAACGGACCAAAAUACUUGAAAGCAAGUUUAUGAUUUGCCCUGUGCACCACUGAUGAUUGUACAUACAGCUGGAGUUUAAGGAAUACUCGAUCUCCCACAGCAAAUGUUCUUUCAGUGCGUUUCUUGUCAGCCUGAUGUUUCAUCCUUUGCUGAACACGCAACAAAUGCUGGCGCACUGACUGCUGAACCACUGUUCGAGCAUCCAACCACUGCUGCAAAUCAACAGGAUCAAUUGAGUCUGAAGCCGAAAUCCCAAAAUGCCGAGGACCAUGACCAUAAAGAACCUCAAAUGGAGAUUUGUUAAGUGCUGAAUGCCAGUUGGUAUUGUACCAAAACUCACAAAGUGAAAGCCACUUUGCCCACUUGUUCGGAUGAGCACUGAUGAAACACCUCAAAAAACACUCCACUUGCUGAUUAACACGUUCUGUCUGUCCAUCUGUUUCAGGAUGAUAUGAUGUGCUCAUAUUAAGCAUAACUCUUGUCCUCUUCACUAGAGCUUGCCAGGAUUUGCUGGUGAAAACUGGAUCCCUGUCAGAUACUAUAAAGAGAGGCAUGCCAUGAAGCUUAUAAAUAUUGUCCAGAAAAAGUUCAGCAAUUUUCUGGGCUGUAUAUGGAUGUUUGACAGCUUUUGCAGGAACAGGCAGUGGUGAUAGCAACCCAGGAUAAGCCACUCUCUCAGGUCAGCUGUGAGAAGAUCAUAAUUGAGAAAGAUGAUGUUGCUAAAGGACUUGAGGAGCUUAUUGCCCUUCAUGGCAUCACCAAGCUUGUCAUGGGAGCAGCUGCAGACAAACAUUACUCAAAGAAAAUGAAAAGACCAAAGUCCAAGACAGCACUCGGACUAAUGGAAGCAGAAGCCUCACCAUGUAAGAUAUGGUUUACUUGUAAAGGACAACUGAUAUGUACCAGGGAAGCAAACACAACCAUUCCCAUGAUACCACCAUCACCUGCAUCGACAGUUGCAUCAACAUUAUCAGCAAGCAGCAUUUCCAGCCGCAUGAGAUCGAUUACGAUCCACCACUCAGAGAGUGAAGCACCAAGCUCAAAUGGAAGUCCACAGCAGAAUCUGAACAGAUCGAGAACAGAAGUGAUGCGGCAUCACUCUCGAGGAGCUGGUGGUACGCCACCUCAGCUAUUUGAACCUUUGGAACUCAAUGCGAAUGCCAGGCCAACAAGAACACCAUUGAGUUCUAUGGAUUCCUGGGAUGAAUUUGGGAGGAGAUCACAAAGCUCCUGGUACAAUCUAUCAAGGAACGAUGAUGCAAUCAGUGUCUCCGAAUCAGCAACACAUCAUCCAAUGCACGAGUCUGACGAUGACCACUUUUCAUCUCCUUUUCAUGAGCUCGAGAAUCCAGGUGCUGAUGCGGAAAUGUAUGGUAGACUUGAGGAGGCUCUCCGCGAAACUCAAGAAUCGAAGAAAGAGGUGUUCGAAGAAUCAACCAAGCGCCGAAAAGCCGAACUUGAUCUGCUUUCAGCUCUUCAAAAGGCCAAGGAGUUGGAGAAGUUGUAUCAUCACGAGAUAAGACAGAGAAAAACAAUCGAGGAGACACUCGUGAGACAGGCGCAGGAGCUCGAAGCAACGAAAAUUCAGUGUGACACGAUAUACGACCAACUACAUGAUGCAGAAGAACAGAAGGCCGUGUUGGAGCAGCGCAUGACCGAGAUGGAGUCUGCUCUUAGAGAUGGCGAGGAGAAGCUGGCCACAAGCAAGUGCCUUCUCGAAGCGCUCCAAGCAGACAAAGAGAAGCUGCAACAAGAGAGAGAUGCCGCGGCAACCGCGGCUGCAGAGUUGCGCCAGAAGAGCGAGCAGAGAAUUUCUAUGGCGACUGAAGCAUUGAACACCGAGUUCUCCGCCGUUGAGCUCGAGCAGGCAACUCGGAGCUUUGACGAAGUGCUCAAGAUCGGCGAGGGCGGGUUCGGGUGUGUCUACAAAGGCUCACUGCGCAGCACAACCGUGGCUAUAAAGCUGUUGCAUCCGAAAAGCUUGCAGGGCCAGUCAGAAUUCAACCAAGAGGUUGCUGUCCUCGGCAGAGUAAGGCACCCGAACCUCGUUGCGCUGAUCGGGUCGUGCCGGGAGGCGUUCGGCCUGGUGUACGAGUACCUCCCGAACGGCAGCCUCGAGGACCGGCUCGCGUGCGCGAACGACACGCCGCCGUUGACAUGGCAGGUGCGCACCAGGAUCAUCUACGAGAUGUGCUCGGCCCUGACGUUCCUGCACUCGAACAAGCCGCACCCGGUGGUCCACGGGGACCUGAAGCCGGCCAACAUCCUCCUGGACGCCAACCUGGUGAGCAAGCUGGGGGACUUCGGCAUCUGCCGCCUCCUGACGCAGUCCGGCACCUCCACCGCCGCCACCACGCUGUACCGGACGACCACCCCGAGGGGGACCUUCGCAUACAUGGACCCGGAGUUCCUGUCGUCCGGCGAGCUGACGCCACGCUCCGACGUCUACUCCUUGGGCAUCAUCAUCCUGCAGCUCCUGACGGGCAGGCGGCCCCAGAAGAUCGCCGAGGUGGUGGAGGACGCGGUGGAGAAGGGUGAGCUGCACACCGUCCUCGACCCCUCCGCGGGGGCCUGGCCGUUCGUGCAGGCCAACCAGCUCGCGCACCUCGGCCUGCGGUGCGCCGAGAUGAGCAGGAGGCGCCGCCCGGACCUCGCCCGGGAGGUGUGGACCGUGGUCGAGCCCCUGAUGAAGGCCGCCUCGCUGACCGCCCGGCGGCCGACGUUCGCUGCCUCGUCGGCUUUGCCGGACGAGGCUUCCACGCCGUCCUACUUCGUCUGCCCGAUCUUCCAGGAGAUGAUGAAUGAUCCGCACAUCGCGGCAGACGGGUUCACGUACGAAGCAGAGGCGAUCAGAGGGUGGCUGGACAGCGGGCACGACACGUCGCCGAUGACCAACCUGAAGCUCGCGCACCGCGAACUCACCCCGAACCGGGGGCUCCGCUCGGUGAUUCUCGAGUGGCAACAACAGCAUCGGCAGUACCAUGAGGACUGGAGAUGACCAAUCCUUGAACACGCACGAAAUCCUGUAAAUGGUGUACAUAAAAGUUUGAAUCGAACAAAAUUAUUCCAAGGGACGGAUUUACCGAUAGUGAUCUGGAAAA